CCCUCUCACUCACAUUCCGUCAACAUCUCCAAAUCCUUCUCACGCCACUGCCAUUCAAUCUACCCGCUGCUUAAUUCUGUUCAGAGCCUUUUCAUACCCAUUACCAGAAACAUGACAACAGCAAUUGCCAAGUUUGCUCACUUACAAAUCCCACUUGAAGACGUAGUAAAGGCCACCGACAACUUUGCUGAUGAUAACAUCAUCGGACGCGGUGGAUUGGGACGUGUAUACAAAGGACAACUCCAGCGGUCCGGGGAGUUGAUCACCAUUUCUGCGCUGAGGAUAGAUCGUAAGCACGGUGGAGGAGUCGUCGAGUUCUGGACCGAAGUUUCAAUGCUUUCUGAUCUCAAGCAUCCAAAUAUAGUCUCUAUUGUCGGAUUUUGUGAUGACAAACAUGAGAAGAUCAUUGUGACCACGUAUGAGGCCAAAAAUGGAAGUCUCAAGAAGCAUCUAAACAGCCCGAUCCUCACAUGGGCACAAAGAUUGAAGAUAUGUGUUGGCGUGGCUCGUGCGUUGAGUUACCUUCACUAUGAUGAGGGACGUGGUUAUGGUGUUAUACAUCUCAACGUCAACAGCUCCACAAUUUUAUUAGACGAGAAUUGGGAACCCAAGUUAUCCGGUUUUAAAGUUUCCAUCAAACAAUCACUUAACCGAAUGGACCAGGUCGUCCUUUCUGAACCUAUUGGCACAAUAGGGUAUUUGGACCCAGAAACUGAAAAGUCCAAAGGGGUGACCUGCAAGUCAGACAUCUACACAUUUGGUGUGGUUUUAUUUGAAAUAUUGUGUGGGAGGAGAGCAUAUAUUAAGAACGACGCUAAUAGGUUACUAGCUCCAUUGGUCAUUCAACAUUAUGAAAACGAAACGUUGCCGGAUAUAAUCCAAGCCAAUCUAAAGAAUCAAAUGUCCAAAUACCAAAUUUGCAUAAGAUCACUCAGAAUAUACUCAGAAAUGGCAUAUUCUUGCCUAAAGGAAGAGCGAGCACAUCGACCGCGUAUGUUCAGUAUUGUUAAUGAACUUGAGAAAGCAUUGGAAAAAGCAUUGAAGUUUCAACCACGACCUGAAAAUUUUGGAAAUAACUUGGAACACUUGAAGAUUGAGCUUGAUGAUAUAAAGUUAGCCACCCAUAAUUUUUCAGACACAUAUAAAACUGCCUCUGACAAUUUCUAUACUUGGUACGAAGUAGAACUCGGCAAUUUUGAUAAAGAAAAGCCUUCCUCCAUAGAAGGGAUAAGUAAAAGUAAACUAUUUAAGAAACACGACGCAGUUGUUUUAAAGCGCUUCCUUCCUAAAGUUGACGAGCUCGAAGAAGAAUUAUUUUUCACAGAACUUGAAGUGCUUGCUAGUGUUAAGCAUCACAACAUAGUCACUCUAAUAGGAUUUUGUGUUGAAGGUUUUGAGAGGAUACUUGUCACCGAGAAAUUUUCUAAUGGAUCACUUGGUGAUUAUUUGGGUAACGCAAAAAAAAUGCAUAAUUUGACUUGGGAAAAACGUUUGAAAAUCUGCAUUGACGGUGCACACGCACUGAAUUACCUUCAUUAUGAGAUGGAUGAUAAAAAAAUGAUGAUACACAGUGAUAUACAUCCUUUUAGAUUUGGGUUGGAUGAGAAUUGGAGGGCAAAGAUCGAAGACUUUGAGUUGGCAGUAUUUUUGCCUCCGAAUCAACAAGACGAAACUCUGUAUAAAAGAACAUAUUUUGAGUCAAAGUACCAUGUGGAUCCAGAAUAUGCGAAGACCGGUAAGCUAAAAAGAGAGUCGGAUGUGUAUAGCUUUGGAGUAGUUAUGUUUGAAAUUCUAUGCGGAAGAGUAGCUUGGGACCAAAUUUACCUUACGAAGAGUAAGAAAGGGUUGGUUCAUGUUGCAAGACAAAACUUCUCCAAUGGGACAAUAGAGGACAUCAUAGAUCCUAUACUAAAGGAAGAAACCAGUAAUCAGAGUCAUGGUCCAAUUGGAAGAGCCAAUAAGGAUUCUUUGUACACAUUUUUAAAAGUUGCAAACCAGUGUGUGGCGGACAGUCAAGACCAACGUCCAACAAUGAAAGUUGUUCUUAAUGAACUUGAGCAAGCAUUGGUCUUUCAAGUAAGUCAGGAGGAGCAAGUACAGGAGCCAAAUAAGGACCAAGUUGUCGACGAGCUUCAGAUAACAACUUUUCAAGUUCCUGAGAAACAAGUACAAAACACGGAUAAUGACCAAGUUGUCAACCAACUUCAGAUAGCACCUCGAGAACUUCAUGUAAUUAACUUGGAACACUUGAAGAUUCCUCUCACUCAUAUUCUAUCAGCUACCAAUGAUUUUUCAGAAACAUACAGUAUUGCAAUUCUUGAUGACGUUCAGUUCUACCGAGCAGAAUUGGAGCAUUAUGAUCAAGAAAAUCAUUCAUCAAAGAGACAAAACACUGUAAUUAUAAAACGCUAUCCUUCUGAUAACCAGUUCUCUGGAGAAAAAGAGUUUCUUACAGAAAUUGAAAUUCUUUCCGGUGGAGUUAAGCAUCCCAACAUAGUCACCCUGCUUGGAUUUUGUGUUGAAGAUUCUGAGAUGAUCCUAGUCAUUGACAAUUUUUCUAAUGGAUUCCUUGGUGAUUAUUUGGAAAACCUCAAAGACAGACGUGUUUUGACUUGGGAAAAACGUUUGAAAAUCUGCAUUGAUGUUGCACACGGGUUACAUUAUAUUCACUCUCAGAUGGAAGACCAAAAGAAGAUAAUAAAUCGUGAUAUAUGUAGCCACACCAUUGGAUUGGAUGAGAACUUUGGGGCAAAAAUUGUUUACUUUGGCGACUCCAUAUUCUUGCCUCCAAAUCAAGAAGACAAAGCUCUAUAUCUCAACGAGGACCGUAUUGGCAGAACGUCCUACAGAGAUCCACAAUAUGAGAAGACUGGUAUGUUAAAAAGAGAAUCAGAUGUUUAUGGUUUCGGAGUAGUCUUGUUUGAAAUUCUAUGUGGGAGAUUAGCAUAUGACCCAGUUUACCUUAAGGAGAGUGACAAAGGGCUAGCCCCUAUAGCAAGACAAAGCUUCAGCACAGGAACACUAGAAGAUAUGAUAGAUCCUAUAAUAAAGGAAGAAAUUGCUGAAAACACUUUUGUUCUAAAUAGCGGACCCAACAAGGAUUCUUUGCACACAUUUAUUUCAAUUGCACGCCAAUGUGUGGUGGAAACUCAAGAACAACGCCCAACAAUGAAAGUCGUAGUCAAGGAACUUGAAAAAGCAUUAUUCUUUCAAAACAACAACAAGGAUAACCCCAAAAUGUCACUUGAAGACAUAAAACGGGUGACACAAAACUUUCAUGAUGACAAUUUCAUCGGUGGGGGAGGAUUUGGCAAAGUCUAUAAAGGUAACCUUCAAGAUGGAGAUGGAUUUAAAACCAUUGUUGCAAAGCGAUUGGAUACAAGGUUUGGUCAAGGAGAACAACAAUUCUUUAGUGAGCUCCAAAUUCUUUUGGAGUAUAAACAUGAGAAUGUCAUUCGUCUUGUAGGCUACUGUGAUGAAACUGAUGAAAAAGUCCUUAUCUAUGAGUAUUUGUCCAAGGGAAGUCUUGAUAGGUAUUUGAAUGAUACUUCUCUUACAUGGGUGAAACGACUUAAUAUAUGCAUUGAUGUUGCAAGAGCGUUGGAUUUCCUACACGGAGGAGUAGGAAAACAAGCAAAGGUGAUACAUAGGGACAUCAAAACUGAAAACAUCCUGUUGAAGAAUGAUUGGAAAGCAAAACUGGCUGAUUUUGGGCUUUCGCUAAUAUGUUCAAUAAAUCAGGAAACAGACUAUAUCUUCGAUCAUGCGUGUGGCACAAGAGGAUACGUGGAUCCACUUUAUAGACAAUCGGGAUUCCUUACCAUAGAAUCCGAUAUUUACUCGUUUGGUGUUGUUUUAUUUGAGAUUUUGUGCGGGAGAUCAACGUUUGCAAUCCACAAACAUGAGGGUCACUAUCUACCGGAUUUCAUUAAAAACAAAUUUGAAGAAGGAAAGCAUGCUGAGAUGGUGUUCGAACAAAUCAAGGAACAAAUCGUGCCACAAUCGUUGACUACAUUUCAAGAGAUUGCCUACCAAUGCCUACAUCUUGAACGAGGAAAAAGACCGAAAACAAAAGAAGUUUUGGUAGAACUUCAGAAGGCAUUGGAAUUUCAAUUGAAUUCGGAGGUUUCCAUAAUUGAGACACAAGUAGUUGAGUUAUCCAGUGAAUUGAACGAUAUGAACAUGACUGGCAAAUCUGAAAAUUCUGAAAUAAGUAACAAGGAAAAGAUGUUACUUGACCAAACCGAUGACCAAGCUGAAUCUGACUGUUGAAAGUAAAGAUUCUCAGGAAGACUGCUACACCUUCUUGGCUGAAUAUUUUUAAGCUGCUGACAACAUUGAUAUGUGAGUUCAGGAAAGUAAAGAUUCUCAGGAAAGUAAAGAUUCUCAGGAAGACUGCUGACAACAAAUGCACGUAUAUGAAAAGGAGGCUUAGUUGCAGGUACUUUUGGUCGGUGUAUUAGGUGGGGUGGGUUGAAUAACAGAUUCACAUUCAUAUAACUUAAUUUGUUUGUAUAAAUGAAUGUCAUGUUGAUGCUUCUUUAGCUAUAAUGAAUUUUCAUUUAGUAAAAAAGGCAUCAAAUUUCGUUGUUGGCCAA